AUGCCAGCCGCAGCCAUCAUGAACUCUCUUACACCGACAAACCACCAACAACUUACCCCGCCAAACAACCCAGCAGCAGAUCCCGACGCCACAGUCUGGGAAUCAGCAAUUCUCGCACUACGCCGACAAAGCAGCAUUCCACUCUUGGACAAAAAGGUGCAAACAUGGCGCGACGGGUUCGAAGAGGCAGAGUACCGGGACGUCCACCGCCUCGUACAGGAGCACCGCUUACCCUGGGACGCAAAACGGCGAAUCCAAGGCUGGCUGCGAGAGGCCCAUGAGAUGGAGAGCGAGGCGAAGAAUUGCGGACAUAAACCUACACGGAUCCUGUACGCUGGUAUUGUGCAGGACUGCGAGGCUGAACUACACUGUCUUCGGAACCAGUUCGUCAUCAAGACGUUUCGGUUUGAACGCAUUCCGCAUAACCUUGCAAAGCUACGGCGGUGGGUUGGCCCAAGCGAGGAGAAAGCAGUAGCAAGUACCAUGGGAGUUUUUUCGAGUGUCACCACGACUGAAGUCAAGCCAUUAGGGAGGACCGUAUCGCUUCCGUCCCUCGGCAAACCGCGACCCCUUAGUCUUGAGCUCGUAAGAGGUGUCAUGGAACUACCAGAUGAGAUCGAUGGCGCGGAGGUAAUGGACGACGACGACGACGACGACAGCCAAGAACAAGAAGAGGGGGACACAGAGGAGACGGCAGACUACAUCUGCUCUGAACAAGAAUGGGCUCGUCGUCUGGAAGACUGGACUCGACGCCAAGACUGGGCUCAACAACAGGAAGACUGGGCUCGUCGCGAGGAGGAGCAGGAGAGCCAGCGGCUGCAGCUGGCGAUGAGAUACAAGUACCCGGUCAAUAUGCGCAGGGCCAAGACACAAUACCUGAGGGCUAUGGAGAGGCAGGAGUGGGAGCAAGAUAAGGGGGUGUUCGACUUUGCUGGUCAUGGUCGUUUCUCGUGGGCCUCGGUGUAG